AUUUCUAAUCCGAUUAAUUUUGAUCAAUGUGCGAAUUAAUGUGUAAGCCACAUAUAAUAGAUAAUAUUAGAGAUAUUCGCUCGCUUGAAUGCGCGAUAAAAAAUUGUUCACGAAGAGUCGUUAUGAAAAUCGCAUCGAGUUAUCUCUCGACAAACGUGCAAAGUGUUAAAUGCAUCGUCGAAGCCGUCUUUUCGUGAAAUCGGCGAAGCCAAUAUCGGCAAUUCGCACUCGCUCACUGUCCGAGCUUAUGCUCGGCUCUCUUUCCCUACCACCAACCGAUUCGAUGGGCACUCGGUGGGUACCUGGUGGGCACCUGGUGGUCUCCACUAGCGGUGGUACCACAUCGCACUAUCUCCUCGCUCGCUAUUCGACAGAUCGUGGACCGCGCGCGUGCAUCCGAACAUUACGUCGGGCCGUCUCCUCUCUCGAUCUCUUCUCCUUCGUUCAUCUUUUUCCCCAUCUCUGUCCUCUUUCCUCUUCCUCUCUUUCUGUAUCUUAUCUCAUUUUUUUCCUUCGACAGAUUAUCCACUAUUCUAUUUUUCUCUCUGUCUUUCUUUUUUUUUCUCUCUCUCUCUCCAUCUUUUCCUUCUUUUCCUUCCCUAUUAUACACCGACUCGAGAAUUAAAAAGGGGCUCGCGAUCGUUCGCCAGGAAUUAUUCGCAAGGACUCAGCGAGUGAUCUUCGCGCCCCAAGUGAUUGCGACUUUUUACUGUGAUCGACACUGGCUAUUGAUGAACGCUUCAUUUUUACUGGAGACAGUAAAGAUAAGAGAUGAAAUUUGUGACCAUCGACGAAAAGUGACUGAACGAGGUAUAUUACGAUCAUCGCGAGUUAUUCAUUGUCAAAUUGUGCUCGAACAAAUCGACAGAUACAUGUAUAUCAAUCGAUCAAUCUUUUGGUAUCUUGCGAUCUGACAAAGUCACCGUGUCGAGAAAGGUAGACGACAGAGACAGGUACAAAUCUAUGACGAUUUGACAUUUGUUGGCUUCUGAUAAUUGACCAUGAGGUUCGGCGAAGAUCGAAGAUAUCAGAGAUCCAGACGAGGUCAAAACGCAUAAGUCACACCCGACAGCAGGAUAGAGAAAACUUGCCCGGUGUCUCUUUCGCCGCUCUUCCCACUCUCUUUCUCGGGGAGCUUGUUGUGAGUUACAUAAAGAGGGAUUUUACUGGUCAGUUAAUGAACCCGGCUGUGCGCUCACGCAAGGAACGUCCAACGACGACGCCGUCGACGACGACGACGACGACGACGAAAACGACGAUGAAAACGACGACGACGACGACGAGGACGACGGCUGAGUCGGCAUUACGCAAAAACCAAGAAUGAAGGACCAACGACGAGAUCGCGACGAGUGAAAGUGAAGCUGGGGUAACGCGCGUCCCACCUGGACCAGGCGUGAAAGUCCAGUGCGUAAUACGAACGUGAGAGACACGUGGUGUGGUGGUACCUGUCGAAACCGCGCUAUCGACACGACGACGACGAGGCGAUAUUGAUGAUAACGACGGCGAUAAUGACGACGCAGGUACGCACUCGUAAUGAGAACAAUGUUCGGCGCAGUGACGCCAGAUGAUGAUGAUGAUGAUGAUGAUGAUGAUGAUGAUGAUGAUGAUCCCCUGUAGAUGCAAUUCCAAAUCAACGUGCUCUCAAUCAGAACGACUAAUUAGCCAUCUAGCUCUGACCGAGAAUUAUCUAAUCCAUUUUUUUUCGCCCGAGGCUAACGUAAUUCAAUUAUUGAAGAUUAAACGUUCGAGAAUUACUGAGAACCGAUUUAAAUAAAAGUGCGAUUAAAAAUAAAUAAACAUUAAGUAUCAUUUUUAAAACAUUAUUAAUGAAUCGCAGACAAGCAUUGAGUUGGAUAAAAGUGACGUGACUGGUUCAGACUAAUUGAUAUAAAACCAUCUUAUUAGUGUCUUCGAGUGAAAUCGAUUUUUUCAUCGAUCUACGAGCUCAAGAGAAAAUUAUUCUUCUGCACGAAUCAAUCAAAAAUCGAAGAUGAAGUUUAUCACAUCCUUAUUCGGGACGGGGUCCCCGAAAGCGAUGGGCAGGCAGUACAUGAAGGUCGGCAGGAACGCCCUUUUCGGUAUUAGGACUGACAACAGUGACACUAUUUGUUCUGAAAAAGUGCCGAGGCCGUUAUCCUUGCUGAUCUCGAAGAAGGGAAAACUCAGGCAUGGUAGGAUAGCUGCAAUCUGUUUAGGUCUUCUUGCACUUGUCAUCGGCAUAGUGCUCAGUAGUAUACCAUGGGUUGAUUACCUCAUUUUAAGACAAUUGCGACUAUGGAACGGCUCGCUCUCCUUUCAAUAUUGGCAAAAGCCAGGCGUAGCUCGAUUAACCAAAGUCUACAUAUUUAAUGUAACCAACACGGAGAACUUCCUGCAGUUUAACGAGAAGCCAAAGCUCCAGGAAAUCGGUCCGUUCGUUUAUCGAGAGGAUAUGGAAAAAGUUAACAUCGUAUUUCACAACAACGGAACCGUUAGUUAUCAACAUAAGAAAAUUCUGAACUUUGUACCUGAAAUGUCUCUAGACAGAAACAUCAAAGUGCUAGUGCCGAAUAUACCUUUGCUAACACUUUCGACGCAAAGCAAGAGUCUUCCACAUUUAAUUCAAAUGGGAUUAUCAAUUUUCUUGAGCGGAAUGCACAUGAAACCCUUCGUUCCUGUAACGGCGCAGGAGCUCGUUUUUGGCUAUGACGAUCCACUAGUUAGUCUCGGAUAUCGAUUUCUUCCGAAAACUAGACGGCCUAUGAGCAGAAUGGGCCUUCUUAUCGGAAGAAACGGUACAUUGAGCGAGAUAUCCACAAUAUUCACCGGACAUACGGAUAUGAAAGAGUUCGGUCUGAUAAAUCGAUUGAACGGGCUUGAUCAUUUGCCAUACUGGCCGACAGCACCCUGUAACUCCAUUAUCGCUUCGGAAGGGUCGUUCUUUCCACCACGAGAUCAGACCGGCGCAAAUAUUGUUCAUGUGUGGGAUAAGGAUCUCUGCAGAACAUUACCGUUGCAAUAUCGCGGGCCGGUAGAAAAAACGGGUAUCAAGGCGGAUUUGUAUACUCCGCCGGAUCUAGUUUUCGGUCAACCGAACGAAACAUUUGAGAACGAAUGCUUUUGCUCCGAUGGUAUGGACACUUGUCCCCCUCAAGGCUUGCAAGACAUCAGUCCGUGCCAGUAUAGUGCACCAGUUUAUAUCUCAUUUCCACAUUUUUACAAAGCGGAUCCUACAUUAUUAAAUGCCGUUGACGGACUCAAGCCAGUUGCAAAACUACACGAAACAUAUUUCAAAAUUCAACCGAAACUCGGUGUGCCCGUCGAAGCAAAAGUUCGCGUCCAGUUGAAUCUAAAAGUAGAGCAACAGCGUAACAUCGCGGUGGUCUCGAAGUUUUCCGACAUAGUCUUUCCUAUCAUGUGGCUCGAGGAAGGUAUAGAAGAGCUCACACCGCCCAUCAGACGAUGGAUCUACCUUGCAACUACGUUCGCCGACAUCGCUGUCCCUUGCAUCACAUACGGUAUGAUUCUAGUCGGACUCACGGUCAUAAUUACGGUGUUCGUGAAGGCAUACAAUAACAGUCCAGUGUUGGCGCACGAUGCGAUCGAGCUCGGUAAAAGGACUAUCAGGAGGGGCUCGUCCUUACUGAUAAACGGUCAGCAUCGUUUGCUUGUUGGUCGAGAUUCGUAUGUCCUAUUGAGUAAUAUCGACCUCGAUGAAAAGCAGGACAUGAUAGAGAUCUGAUGGACAUGCUGCUCUGUCCGUAAAUUUUAAUGUUAGCUAGAAAUACUAAUGUAAGUGUGCGUAUUAAUUAUAGCGAUUGUAACGUGAACAAUAAUUAAUGACGCUUAGUUCUCGAUUUCUCGCGAAAUAAUUUAAUUGCAACAUUAAUUCAAAUUUAAUGAAAAGUGAUGGCAUGCUGAAAGAAAUCGCGAUAAGCAGAAUUUAAGAAUCUCACAGGAAUUAAGAUAACUAGAACCUAAAACGUUUAGAGGUUUAAGGCUCACCUAUUGACUCAAAGUAUGACUUAGAAAAAUCUAAAUAAUCUACGAGUCAAUUAAUUAUUGGAUUUUAAUUAACAUAUAAUUUAAGGUAUUUAGAGUUUGAAGAAUAUAGGAAUCGCGAAGACUUGCAUGAAGGACAAACAGAUUCUUUUCAUCGAGACUUUAAUUGUCAACAAGAUGCAUAUCUAAUAAGAACUCUUACAUGACUCUUUCAUAAAACUUGCCGAAAGGCUACGAGUCUUUUAAUUAAUCUAUCUGAUUUUUUUAUUAUUUCACCAAAUAUAACCAUAAACUGCACACAUUAGUGUGUAUUUCUAGACUGUAAUUAAGAUUUAAGAAACCUCGGCAUUAAUUCUUAGGAUUAACUUAGGAUUCUCGAAGCCACAUAUCAUCUAAAUUCUAUUUAACAAUCAAAGGCAUUAAAAAUUAUAAAUAUUUUUUUCCAAGAAUUGAUUGCGUAUGAAUUAUAAUGUAGGUAUAUACAAUAUAUUAUAUCAAAUAAAUGAUAAUUGAUUUAUUUUUUGUCGAAAAAAAAUCGAAGAAAAAAUAAAUCUAGGCGUUAUUGAUUAAUAAUAUCGUUGCAAUGAAAAAAUAUUGGAUAAGUACCUGCGAUAUGAUAUGUGGCGUAAUAUAAAAUGCGUCCCCUUUGACUGUGUACACCAAAGUCUCGCUGUUGAUCAUCAAAACAACUAAUUAACUAACUACAGAAUAUGCGGAGCCAAAUUGGUUUGUGUCUUUUACACGGAGAAAGGCUUCCUUUUUUCUAAUUUUUCGCGAAUUUUUAUUCGGACGAAAUUCGCGGAAGAGUUUGAUUUGUUUAAAUGGAAUCGAAAUUCGCCAAAGAAUCCUUCACGAUCUUUCAGAAUGCGUGAGAGUAAACCGAUACGAUCAUUAUAAUAUUCGUAUAUAAUCAUAAUAAAACGUCAUAUAUAUAUAUAGUGUUUUCCUUAUUAGUUAUGGAAGAAAACUUUUGGGAUUUAACGGACGCUUCUGGACAUACUAAUCAGGGAUUACCUGAUAACCCUUACGAGAGAUCCCAAGAUUAUAUUAUUGAUUAUAUUAUUGUGUCUGUGAUUCCGUUCUUAUUUAUAUGUAAUAUGCAAUUUUUGAAUGGAGAGCAACGAGGAGAAGCUUCAUUGGCAAUUACGUGAAUGGACGAAACUUUCACUUGUGUCGAUCAUGGCAAGUUUGCGCGUGACGAUGCUUCUUCUCAACGUGUCCCACUCGUACUCGGCCAUAAUCUAGUGCAAUAUUAGUGAUCGUAUGUUAAGUAUACCAUUGCCAGCAAUUGUGUGGCGAAACAAUGUCGAUUAGAAGUAAGGUUGCGCCCCGCAACAAUUUUAGCGUUACACAUAUUGCUACGUAAAGCUAAAUAUCCGGCUAACGAUUUGGAGCGCGGCUCCAGCUAUAGAAGAACAUCGAAAAGGACACAAAUUUAGAUUAAUCAUGAUUACUGUUAAUCGAUAUCGGUGCAUUAUAAGUUAAAUACGGCUUGACGAUUAAUCAAAUGAGUGAUACAUCGAGAAUGUAAUGCGAUUAUGCUACAUCGGUAUAUCGGUUUUAAGUACUUUUAAAUAUAUUCCGAGAGUGAAAAAAAAACAUUGUAGAGGGUAAGCUUGUUCUAGCGCGAACGGAAUUUUGUAACCGAAAUUUAAUAAAAUACUUUUAUCCAAA